CUCGAUAAUAAUAGGGCCCAUGGGCCGUCAAUAAGUACUUACGGGCUAUAAAUGAGGGCCCACGUGACAUGGUUUUGGCAUGCUUUGCUCUCCGCACGUCUCCUUGUCGAGAUGAGCUUCCGCGUCUGUCUCGCUUGUCAACCUCAAGACAGGCCCGACAAGAUAUAGACCCUCAGGUUCGCGUCCAGAAGGUGCGCAGACAAAUCUUGAUGUCGCAGUUCGCCCACAGCUAAUGAGUGGUUUCUUGCGGCCUAUGAGAAGGAACGAGUGGCCAAACCAAAUACGAUUUCUCUGGGGCAAAGCAAGACGGUGUCGGCCGUCUUGCCAUGUCGCACACGUGCAUCGUCAGUAUCCACACGGUGAGAGCUGCUCGUCGACGGAGCAAAUUCCUCCGUCCCUGUCAAACCUGUGAGGAAGAAUACACAUGUUCGCAUGGAACAUGUUUCUUGAAUCCUGCUUCGUCCUUCCCAGCCAUCGUUGCUGCCAAUCGAAGAAAGUAAACGGGAACGGGACGACUGCGUCUGCAUGCGUGCAAAUACACACCUACGACGGAACCGCGCCGCCAAACGGUGCGCUUGGCGAAACCGCGCGGCGGCUCGCCCGCUGGUUCACCAGCAUCCCUCGGCCACCGUGUUGUAUAUAGCCCACGCGUCAUGAGCCCCUCGAGUUGAACUGGUGGGGAGGAAGGAAGAGAGAAGACGAGGAACUCGAAAGAAGAUCUAUUUUUUCUUUGAUUCCUGUAAUUAAAACCUUUUCUUCGAUCGGCUCUCUUCUUAAUUACAAGAAGGAAGCGAGAAAAGAGAGCGAAGAAUUUCCAGCUGAAAUGGAGCUCAGCUGCGUCGCUUCUCCCCGUGGCCUCUACGUCUUCCCAUCCACCUCUGCUUCUUCCGGAUGUGGCUUCUGCCGCCGGGAUAGGAGGAAGGUUGCUGGAUGGUCUAGAAGAAUCAAUGCGUCGACGGAGGGAAGCCCCGAGCCGAUCCACACCGCAGGCGCCAACAAGCCACAGCGUAGGGAUUUCCCCACCGGCGGUCCCGCGAUGGACGUGUCCGCGUCGCCGGUAUCUUCGGGUACCACGAGCACCACCGUUGUCGAGCGGAGCCUCGCUGGCGGCGGGGACUACGAUUUCUCAGUCUUGGAGAAGCUGGCCGCCGUCGUCAGGCUUAGCUACGGGAUAGGCAUAUACGGAGCCAUGGCGCUCGCGAGCAAGUUCGUAUGCGCCAUCUCGGGGACGGAUUGGACAGGCGCGUUCCAUCCGUCGCCGGAAGCGAUCGUGAGCGGCCUCUGUUAUGCUGCUCCACCAAUAGUGGCUCUGCUCUUCAUCCUAGAUCGGACAUUGUUACCCCCACAGGACGAGGUCGUGAAGCAUUCACCUCAUGCUCGUGCUAUUAGAGAUGUGGAGGACGAGGAGCUCCAGAACUUCUUCCAUGGCAUGUCACCAUGGCAGCUCAUGCUCAUUGUUACUGCGAGUUCAAUCGGGGAGGAGCUCUUUUAUCGGGUUGCUGUUCAGGGAACAAUGGCUGAUGUGUUCUUGAGGGGCACCGAGCUCAUGAAAGAUGCACAUGGAAUCACAUCUCUGACUGGUGUUCUGCCUCUGUUUGUCCCCUUUGCUCAAGCAUUUGCUGCUGCUAUCACGGCUGCUCUUACAGGGUCAUUGUAUUAUGUUGCUACAGCUGCCGGCGAUCCUAUUUAUGUGGCUGCACCAGUGCUAAGUUCUCCCACUGGCCGUGAAGAUCUCAAGAAGCUUCUUGCGGGUGUUGAUGUUAUGCAGCUUGGUGUGAAAGAAGGCAAAUGAAGAAGAUAUAUUCUCCACUUCUGGAAGCUUUGCUAGCUCUCUACCUUGGAUUCGAAUGGAUUCAGGUGGUACAGCUUCCUCUAUCACAGUGAGCAGCCAUUGCUUCAUAAAUUGUGGACUUACAUGAUCAAUUUGUGAUGCAUGUGUAGACUCGUAAUAUUCUAGCGCCUAUGAUCACACAUGGGAUGUAUUCUGCUGUUUUGCUGGGACAUGGGCUCUGCAGGAUUCAUGAUGGGGAAAGGCAAGUGAAGGUGGAGUCGAAGAACUCCAAUGAACCAAUCGUAGAGCAAA